UACUGUAGCCAAGUUUCGAGCCCCCAUUGCUGUGUACUGCGGCAGCGUUCCCAAGAUGAAACCUGGAUUCGCGUCUCUGCACAAUGGUGAUUCCAACCUGCAGCUGUACGGAAACCGCUGGGCUGGAGCUGACCCAGCUGCUCUUCAGUCCUCCUUGAGCCUCCAGAUGAAGAGGUCCUACUUGUGGGGUGGAGAUGACCGUGACCUUCAGCCAGAAAUUCUGCCCCCACCGCUGGACUUGGAGGGUAAAAGUGACCCCUUCUAUAAGAGCCAGAGGAAUGAGGAGGUUGAUAGCGCGGCCCUGGAGACGGCCCGGCUGAAGGACAAGCUGAAACGGAAGAUGUCUGAAAGCUCCAGUGCCAGAGGAGCACCGACUGAGUCCAUGAACACGCCUCUGAAACCCGCCGUUCCAAGGAGCGCCUCACAGAGGUUGAUGACGGUCACAAAGCCUGUACCUCCCAUCCAGAAGAGUCCGACACCUCGCCUGGGGACCUCAGAGGAGGACGGCCUGUGGAAGAAUGGACUGGAGAAUGAAGACCACAUGGAAGGACAGAGGGAGAAGACCUCAGCUAUCACAGAGAGCUCCCUGCAGUACGUACGCUCCAGCGCAGAGAGGAAACGGAAAUCUCUUGGCGGGGUGGUCAUACCGCCCAUCUCCAAAUCUUCCAACUUUCGAGCAGAUCAGGUUCGCAACAAUAGUGCCCAGCAUGCUGGAAAUUCACCCAGGAGUGAGGCCGCACGCAAAAGUUUUUCAUUGGAGCUGGAAACCGACCGGAUAUCUGAUGCUGAUCCUGCUGUGGAAAGCGAUUCGGAUCCGAUCUCAUCCAAACCGACU